AUGUUGUCUAAAGCUGAUAUAUCGGAUGCCUUUAAGUUACUUCCCAUUAUGCCAGCGCUCUGGCAGUGGCACGGCAUCAAGUGGAAGGACCAAUACUAUUUCUCCACCAAACUCACCUUCGGUUCUAAGAGCAGCCAGUGGCUCUUUGAUCAGUUGGCUCAGGCCCUUCAUUGGAUUUUAGAACAUAAGGUCCGCUGCGAAUUUGUUAUCCAUUAUUUAGAUGACUUCCUGCUGAUUGAGAGGCCAGGGGCAGCCCCCCUAGGUUUGGGGAAGUUGUUGAGGUGUUUCUCCCAGUUAGGUGUACCGGUCUCCCCCAAGAAAGUCGAGGGCCCGUCCACAGUCAUCACCUUCCUGGGCAUUGAGCUAGACUCGCAGGACAUGUUAGCCAGGUUGCCAUCAGACAAACUAGUUAGAAUUAGGGAAGUCAUUCACAGGUUUUCUGUCACAACUGUGGUCACCAAGGCGGACUUACAGUCGCUACUGGGUAUGUUGAAUUUCGCCAUGCGUAUCAUACCGCAAGGCAGGUCGCUCAUCUCCCGCUUGCUGGUGCUCCUAGCCACGGCCCCGGAACAAGACAGCCCAGUGCGUCUGGACAGUCAGGCCUUAGCUGACCUUCACAUGUGGGACCACUUUCUUUGCCAGUGGAAUGGGGUGUCUUUGUUUAUACCUGAGUUGUCUAGCCAAUCCCCUGUAGUGUUUUCAGAUGCGGCUGCUAGCUCAGGGUUUGCUGCUAUUUUUGGCACCCACUGGGUCGCAGACGAAUGGCCGGCUGAGGUGAGACAGAUCCCAGGUUUCCUACAAACCUCAGUGCUGUUUGAACUGUACCCCAUUGUGGUAGCCGCCCAUGUGUGGGGCAGUCGCUGGGUAAAUCGCUCUGUCUUGUUCAUAACUGAUAACGCUGCGGUGGUAGACGUUCUGAAUAGUGGGUUGUCUAAAUCCUCCAAUUAUGAUUUGUCCUCUGUAAAAUCGGAGAAAAGUGGAAGAACAAAUGCCAAGAGUCUUUAUGGGGAUGGGAUUUAUUUUUUCCGAUCGUCAUCCAAACAUAAGAAGAAAGAGCAAAGAAAGAGCUAUGCCCGGGACAGCGUCAGCAUCAUAUCGGAAACCUCCCAGUAUCAUGUUGAGCACCUUACUACGUUCAUAAUGGAUCGCAAGGAUGCAGUGCUCACCAUUGACGACGGACUCCGCAAACUAAAGUUAUUGGAUGCGAAGGGAAAGGUGUGGACCCAGGAUAUGUAUCUCCAAGUGGAUGACAAAGCAGUUAGUCUGUAUGAUAUAGAGACCAAGACUGAAUUAGAGAAUUUCCCAGUCAGCACCAUCCAGCACUGUAAGGCUGUGAUGAACUCCUGCAGAUACAACUCCAUUCUUGCCCUUGUUUGUAAAGAGCCAACACAAAGCAAAGCUGAUCUGCACCUCUUCCAAUGUGAUGAGGUCAAGGCUUCUACUAUCCACCAGGAUAUCUACAGUGCAAUGAGUGACAGCAAAGGAGGAAAAGCAAAGAUACGGCCAGACGUGCUCAGGACCAUCAAUGCCGGUGACAACAAAGUCCCUCCACCUCCCCUGGCUCCUGCUCCUCAGCCCCCUGGAUCAGUUACACAGGUGGAUGUGCGAAGCCGUGUAGCAGCAUGGUCAGCCUGGGCAGCAGAAUAUGGAGACUAUGAUCGAUACCAGCAAAAUUCAGAUCAGGAAGACAGCGCGCAAAUGGUCGAGGCCAAGAUUGACAGAGACGUGCAAAUUCUGAACCACAUUCUUGAUGACAUUGAAUUCUUUAUUAUGAAGUUGCAAAAGGCAGCCGAAGCCUUUUCUGAGCUUUCCAAACGGAAAAAAUCAAAGAAGAAAAAAGGUCCUGGAGAGGGAGUUCUGACUCUCCGUGCCAAGCCUCCCCCUGAGGAAGAGUUUGUUGACUGCUUCCAGAAGUUCAAACAUGGCUUCAACCUCCUGGCCAAAUUGAAGUCCCAAAUUCAGAACCCAAGUGCAGCAGAGCUGGUUCAUUUCCUCUUCACACCACUAAGUAUGAUGGUAGAGGCCACAGGAGGCCCGGAACUUGCAAAAAGUGUCCUGAGCCCUCUGCUGAUUAAGGACGCCGUUGAUUUUCUACAUUUUGUGCUCAACAGUGAGGAGAAGAAUCUGUGGCUGUCACUAGGUGAUACGUGGAGCAAACCCAGAGUGGAAUGGCCUAAAGACCAGUUCAUACCCCCAUACGUACCACGGUUCAGGAAUGGUUGGGAGCCGCCCUUGUUAAACUUUGGAAAUAUUCCUAAAGAACCAGUACGGAACCAGAUGGUGUCAACUCCACCUGAACAAAAGCGAGAACCCAGAAGUUUUCCUUCAGAGUUUUCCCGCAGCUCUGACCUUCCUCCACCGGACAAGAACCAGGAGGUAGUGCACACCAAGAAGUACGCCAUCUGCAAGUAUGACUUCGUGGCCAGGAAUGUAAAUGAGCUCUCUGUGCUGAAAGACGACAUUGUGGAGAUCAUUGAUGAUAGAAAACAGUGGUGGAAGGUUAUAAAUACUAGCGGCUCUUCUGGAUUUGUGCCAAACAACAUCCUGGGAGUAAUGAAAGCUGAGGAGCCGUCAUUGGGGCGUUCAGAACCAGCCUACAGCCAGACAAUUCAGCUUUUGAUGCCAAAGAAGGAAUUUGAGAUCUUCAAGAAACAAAAAUCUGAGUUUAUUGCAAGGCAGAUAGAGUCAAAUGUGACUGUGCCCAGCCCCCCUCCAACUCCAGUUCCUGCCCCUCCAGGAAUAUCCAUACCUGUAUCAAGGUCAUAUCCAUCAGGAAAUCUUGUUAGCCGACAAAGCAGCACUUCCAGUGAAAGUGGGGGAAGUGGAGUACGAGAUCCCCAAGGGGCCAAGCCAAGUGAUUGGAGAAAGUCUCAGAUGGAAGAAGUUCAGGAUGAAUUAGUUCAUAGACUAACCAUCGGACGCAGUGCAGCACAGAAAAAAUUCACUGUCCCUCGGCAAAAUUCACCUGCUGUCAAUAUAUCCUACAGUUCAUCUGCUUCUGAUGUGAAAACAUGGCUACUUGCAAAGGGAUUCAGUUCUGUAACCAUUGAUUGUCUUGGAGUGUUAACCGGAGCGCAGCUCUUCUCACUCACAAAAGACGAGUUAAAGACCGUCUGUCCGGAGGGGCCUAGAGUCUACAAUCAGGUGAUGCUGCAGAAAGCAGCUCUGCAGGAAGUGAAUGGAAGUUCCGAGCUGCUGGAAAUUAUGAGAAAGCGCCAAGAGAAGAUUAAUGCUGCUGCCAUUGAUUCCGGGGUGGAAUCUUUUGAUGAAGGAAACAAUCACUAACUUUCUGCAUUUUUAAUUCCUUCAUGUUGCCAAUUUAGUUGCACAGUUUGGUUGCUGGACUCAUUUCAUGGUCACAUUUUCCUUGUUUGUUUGAUUCUCCAGACAGAUGAUCAUUUCUCGAAGGGGAGUUGGCACAUUCCAACCUGAUAGGUCCAUAUUGGUAAACAAGAGGCUUAGGUCUCCUUCUACCCUAUGGGUGGGGGGUUUGUCUGCUGAAGAUCAGUGACUGAUGCAGGUGGAUCUGAACAAUGGGGCCUCCAUAGUAUUGAAUACUAUGAUGGAAAUAGAAGCUUCUUUGAAGAUGGCCAGGUCUGUCCUCUCUUGUGUCUGCUGCAGUAUUAGACGUUAUGCCAUUUUACGUGGCUCUGUGUCAUUGCAGGAACAGUCUGGAAAGUUGGAGCCAUGUUUGUAUUCCUUGUAAAUUUGUCUUCUAUGAAUAAAGGUUUAGAUCGUUAUUGAGUAAAUGAUAAAUAUAAAUUAUUUUUCUGAGGUU